GAGUAGCAAUGAAUGACACUAGUGACUUGGACCAGCAAAUUGAAAUGCUCAAGAGGUGUGAGAUCAUUACAGAAGCGCAAGUCAAAGCGCUAUGUGCGAAGGCGAGGGAUAUCCUAAUCGAAGAGUCCAAUGUACAAAAAGUUGAGGCCCCGGUUACAGUUUGCGGCGACAUCCAUGGUCAAUUCUAUGACCUAAAGGAGCUCUUCAAAGUAGGCGGGGAUGUUCCUGAUACAAACUAUUUGUUCUUGGGUGACUUCGUCGACAGGGGUUUUUACAGUGUAGAGACUUUCCUGUUACUUAUAGCCCUAAAGGUGCGUUAUCCAGAUAGAAUUACUUUGAUAAGAGGAAACCACGAAAGCAGACAGAUAACGCAAGUUUAUGGUUUUUAUGACGAAUGCCUUCGCAAGUAUGGUUCGAUAUCUGUAUGGUUAUACUGCACGGAAAUAUUCGAUUUUCUCAGCCUGUCUGCCGUCAUAAACGACAGAAUUUUUUGUGUGCACGGAGGUUUAUCACCGUCGAUACAGAAUCUGAACCAGAUUCGAGCACUGGACAGGAAGCAGGAGGUACCUCACGACGGACCAAUGUGCGACCUUCUGUGGUCUGAUCCCGAUGAUACGACGGGAUGGGGUUGCAGUCCUAGGGGAGCUGGUUUCCUUUUCGGAAGUGACAUUGUGCAGACAUUCAAUCACGAGAACAGCAUUGAACUCAUCUGCAGAGCACAUCAGCUGGUGAUGGAAGGAUACAAGUGGCAUUUUGGGGAAUCUGUCCUUACGGUCUGGAGUGCCCCCAACUACUGUUACAGAUGCGGCAAUGUGGCCGCCAUCCUGGAAUUGGACGACAAUUUACAAAGAUACUUCACAAUUUUUGAGGCUGCACCACAGGAGCAUAGAGCAGUGCCCAACAAAAAACCUUUACCAGAUUACUUCCUCUGAACAGUUGCCGCCAUACAUAUUCUUUUGUGUACAGUUUUGCUCUUGCACAAACCUUAUUCGCUGGUGGAAUGAUGAGUUCGAAUUACAUUUCAAAACGCAAUCUUCAGAACCAUCCCUUCGCACUCAUGUUUUUGUUAUUUUUAAUUUUCCAAAUCAGAGUUAAACAUUUCUUGCCCUUGGGAUCGAUUGCGGAUUGAAACAUCUAAUUUUGAAAGAUGGUUAUUUUGCGUUUUCAAAAUUUACAUGAAAUUGUUACUAACAGGUUUAAUAUUCUAUUGGGUUUCGUGAUGCGCUAUAGGAACCUGAAAAUUAAGCUUCAGAAUAACGCAUAUGUUUCUGUAAUUUUUCUUAUGGCGUGUUGAUUUAAUUUUCAUUUCUACCAAUAUCAUUUUCUGUACAGUUUAUUUUGGUCACUU